AUAAAACAAGGAACAUGAUUUUCGAUCAUCAAGAUGACAAAAUCAAGAAUACUCGGAGUUCUGUCUCAGCUCCUUUUAACGGCUAUGAUCUCUCCCAUUCUGACUGUUUCAAGUUUACCGGACGGCGGAGAUCAUGAGAGGUUUAAGAGACGCGAUCCUCUUAACAGCUUUAGAUAUUACAACGGAGGCUUCGAUGUUCGAAACAAACAUUAUUGGGCUGCUACGGCAUUUACGGGAAUCCACGGUUACGCCGUUGCCGGAGUGCUGAUUAUCGUCGGCGUCUGUUUGGGACUUCACCUAGCUUUCUCCGACAAAAGAAGACGUGUUUCUUCCACUCGCCGCAGAUAUCUAGACCGUUGCUACCUUCCUCUUUUCUUACUUCUCCUCCUCUUCAUGUUCUUCUCCAUGGCAGCGACAGGGAUAGUGAUAGCAGCGAACCAGCGCUCGAAGAAUGGAACAGAGGAAAUGAAAGAAACCAUAGACAAAGCAGGAGAAGAUGUUGAAAGAAACAUCCGUACAGUGAUAGGGUCGUUAACUAAGAUACAGUAUUUGCUGCUUCCAUAUAAUCAAAACACGACUCAUCUUCUCAACGUUACCACCCAUCGACUCGGAAAAGGAUCUCGCCUUAUUCAAACUUUUCUUCGUCAUAACGGUCGUUCCAUUGAUCUCGCCAUCAAAAUCUCGUAUAUAUCUCAUCUUAUGAUUGCAUCGACCAACUUGUUCGUUCUGCUUCUAGCCUUUGUUCCUCUGUUGCUUCACUGGCACCCUGGAUUUAUCAUGGUGAUAUACUUUUGCUGGAUCAUAACCACUCUCUGUUGGGUACUAACUGGAUUCGAUUUCUUCAUUCAUACCUUCGCAGAAGACCUUUGUUCUGCUUUCAAUGGCUUCGUACAAAACCCACUAAACAGUACGCUGACUAAUCUUUUCCCUUGCAUGGAUCCACUUCAUUCUCAGAAAACCUUGAUUGAGAUAAGCUUGAUGAUUCACAACUUCAUCACCGAGUUAAACACAAAAGUAGCAGAGUCAAUGCGUUCUAAUGCGUUGACUGAUCGGAGCAAUACUGUCUUGUCGGCGCCUGGAUCUGGAAUAAUAUGUGAUCCGUUUGUUGGACAACAAAUUAAUAGCUACACACCACAAAGCUGCUCCAAUGGCGCCAUCCCAAUCGGCGAAUUCCCAAAUAUUCUUUCGAGAUUCACAUGCCACGACAAAGUUCCACCAGAAACUUGCAGAAUCACCGGAAAAUUCAUCCCGGAAGCAGCUUACCUCAAGGUCUAUGCUUAUAGUAACUCAGCUCAAGGCAUGCUUGACAUUUUGCCUUCUCUUCAAAACCUAACAGAAUGCCUUGCCCUCAAAGACACGUUAUCGAGCAUCGUCUCUAACCAAUGUGAACCCUUUAGAGCUUCGAUGUAUCGCCUUUGGGCAUCAAUCCUUGCUCUGUCUCUUAUUAUGGUGGUUCUGGUUUCGCUCUUCCUCGCCAAAGCUUUCCAAGAAAAAGGAAAGAGUUUUGCUUGGUUCUCGAUUCAUCCAACUUCAUCCGAAGAAAUACGACAAGUGAACAUAUAAUGUAGUUAGUGUGUGUGUGUAUAUAUUAUAGCAUACUGGAUUUUUGUUUUUGUUUUGGUAUUUACAUUUUUUUAUAAAUAUCAUCGAAAAAGAUAGAGAGUGUUUAAUUGAAUAAUGUAAAUAUGACAUUGUAUCAAACAUUUGUAAUAAGUGUGACUGAAGAAGUAAA